UUAUUUUAUUUUUUGGCCACGUGGUACUGCAUGCACGUCCUUAGUUACCCAACAAGGGAUUGAACCCAUGCCCUCGGCAUUGGGAGCAUGGAGUCUUGACCGCUGGGCUGCUAGCUAGGGAAGUCCCUCCUAAAAACUUUAAAGAUAAGUAUAUCACUAGAGUAAGAUAGAAGGUGGGUAAAACUAUACUGAAUUCAAUAUGUGAACAAUGACUUACAACAUUGGAGCUGUUUCUCUUUUCCUUUAGAAUAUCUGAAUCAAAAAAAAAUAAUUUAAUCCACAUUUACAAAAAUGUAGAGGGAAUUUUUUUUCUUUAAAUGAUAAUGCCACUUAAAAACAGUAAAAUUGAUGCACAGUAUUAAUAAACUUGAAGUCAUUUAUCAGUGAGAUGGAUACCCAUUCAAGUAUGUCCUAGAUUCGAUAUUCUUGACAAUUUCAGAAUUCAUUCAGUAGCUUAAGGGACUGUGAGCCCCAGCUCUUUAUCACAAUCAGGAUUCUUACUGAUAACUGAAGAAUCGGAGAUUCUUCAAGCAAAUUAUUCCUGUGCCUUGCAUUUUGACAAUAAUGUUUAAUCUUCCUUUUGAUAACCAGGUAAAUUUCAAAUAUUAGCUUUCCCAUUUAAAUGGAUAAUUCUCCUUUAAUCUAGUUGUUUUAUAAAGCCUGAGUGUCUACCUCUAGGCCCCUUAUUCUUAUCUUCACCCACCUCAGUUCUAUGCACAUCCAUUGUUCUUUGCCUUCACAGCUGUUUCCAUCAAGCAUCUCAAAGUGAAAAGUGUUGCACUAGGAACUGACUUAUAAAAAAAAACAAAAAAAAAAAGUCAUUUCUGUUUCAAAUCAGAAGGACUAAGUAGAAAAUGUGCAUCAGAUGUUUAUGUUUAAUUGGUUUACAGACUGUCUGUGGACUCUUUUCCUGUCAUAUUACCAGCCAUCUGUUGAGUCUUCAAGUCCAGAAAUGGAUGAAAUAUUUGACUGCCCAUGAAAGUACAGGAGGUUCAGCAACAUCAGAUGACCAUGAAUUUGAUCCAUCAGCUGACAUGCUGGUUCAUGAUUUUGAUGAUGAACGCACAUUAGAAGAGGAAGAAAUGAUGGAAGGAGAAACAAACUUCAGUUCUGAAAUAGAGGAUCUUGCAAGGGAAGGCGACAUGCCGAUUCAUGAACUUCUCAGUCUUUAUGGUUAUGAUAGUGCUAUUCGGCUACCAGAAGAAGAGGAGGAGGAAGAAGAGGAGGAGGAAGAUGAUGAUGAAGAUGCUGAUAAUGAUGAUAACAGUGGAUGUAGUGGGGAAAAUAAAGAAGAGAAUAUAAAAGAUUCCUCAGGUCAAGAGGAUGAAACUCAGUCUUCCAAUGAUGAUCCAUCUCAAUCUGUUGCUUCUCAAGAUGCCCAGGAAAUAAUCCGUCCACGUCGAUGUAAAUAUUUUGACACAAAUAGUGAAAUAGAAGAAGAAUCUGAAGAAGAUGAAGAUUAUAUACCAUCAGAAGACUGGAAAAAGGAGAUUAUGGUGGGCUCCAUGUUUCAAGCCGAGAUUCCAGUUGGCAUUUGUAGAUACAAAGAAAAUGAAAAAGUAUAUGAAAAUGAUGAUCAGCUCCUGUGGGACCCUGAAUACUUACCAGAAGACAAAGUGAUUGUGUUUCUUAAGGAUGCAUCUAGAAGAACAGGUGAUGAGAAAGGUGUGGAAGCAAUUCCUGAAGGAUCUCACAUAAAAGACAAUGAACAGGCAUUAUAUGAAUUAGUUAAAUGCAAUUUUGAUACAGAAGAAGCAUUGAGAAGAUUAAGAUUUAAUGUAAAAGCAGCUAGAGAGGAAUUAUCUGUUUGGACGGAGGAAGAGUGCAGAAAUUUUGAACAAGGGUUGAAGGCCUAUGGAAAGGAUUUUCAUUUGAUUCAGGCUAAUAAAGUUCGAACAAGAUCAGUUGGUGAAUGUGUAGCAUUCUAUUAUAUGUGGAAAAAAUCUGAACGUUACGAUUUCUUUGCUCAGCAAACACGAUUUGGAAAAAAGAAGUAUAAUCUUCAUCCUGGUGUAACGGAUUACAUGGAUCGUCUUCUAGACGAAAGUGAAAGUGCUGCUUCCAGUCGAGCACCAUCUCCUCCCCCAACUGCCUCAAACAGUAGCAACAGCCAGUCUGAGAAGGAAGAUGGCACUAUAAGCAAUAGUAAUCAGAACGGGGUGUCAUCUAAUGGACCAGGUGAAACAUUAAACAAAGAAGACGUGAAAGUUGAAGGAUUACAUGUUAAUGGACCAACAGGUGGAAGUAAGAAACCACUUCACACAGAUAUGGAUACCAAUGGUUAUGAAACAGAUAACCUAACCACUGACCCAAAAGUCGCCCAUAUGACUGCAAGAAAUGAAAAUGAUUUUGAUGAAAAAAGUGAGAGACCUGCCAAAAGGCGAAGGGUAAACAGCAAUGGAAAAGAAAGUCCAGGUGGUUCUGAGUUUUUCCAAGACACAAUCUCACAUGGAAAAUUUGAAGAACUUGAGAACACAGAUGACUAAACUUUACUUUCUUUGGAGUAAAUUCUGGUGUGACUAAAAUUUUCAGGGUUGAUGGGUUACCUUAAAAAGUUGAUUUCCUUGAAGCAGUUGGUUAAAAUUUGAAUUGAGUCCUAACUUUAGUAAAUAAGAUUUCAUAAUUCUGCUUUUUGCAGAUUUUUUGCUUUAAAAUUGUAAAGGCCCUUUUAAGGAAAUAACAUAGUUUAGUAAGUUUGAAUGAACUACAGAUACAUCUGUACCUUCUCAUUUGAUGUAUUAAUCCUAAAAUUUCACUACAAGGUACUUUUUGCUUAGUUUGAUGGCAGAGAAGAAAAAAAACAAGUUCAAAUUUCUGAUUAACACCAAUUUUUCAGAGUUUCUUAAAAUGUCUUUUAUAACAGACAUUUUUCUCUCCAUACAAAUUGAGUAUCAUUAUUAAGGAAACCCUAUGAAUCCUGAAAGUUAUGCUAGCAUGAUUUUUUUAUAUAUAGAAGUUUAAAAAUAAACCAAGUCAGGUUUGUAUAUGUAAAAUUGUUGACAUCAAUGAUGUCUUUCCAUAUUCUUAUCUGGGCUUAAGAAAUACAUUCUGUAUUUUUCCAGAUUCUUUGUAGCCUUUGAAAGAUUUUUACAGUACAUAUGUCUUGACUGAGCUGUCCUUUCUUAACACAAAAGCUUGUAUAAUUUUCUUAACUUGUACAGUUGGUAAACUUUUAUGAGAGGAAUUGAUAUUCUGAGUCUGUCAGCUUUCAUUUUAUUUUGCUAAGGUUUUUCUAAUGAAUUUUUAAGUGUUUGUGUAGUAACUGAGUCAUGUUUCUUAUCCAGGUGGUAAAAAGCAUUCAUAAAGGAUUGUGAACAUUUGUUUUUUCAAGUUUUUACUUAAGGACAAAUAGUUUGAGAACUGAAAUUAAGCAUGAUACUUAGAUCACAUAGUUUGUUUUGCAUUUGUUAUAAUUUUCAAGAUUAUUUUUGAAGCAAAACAGAAGUUUAAUGUUGACUUCAAGUGCUUAAAUGUAUCAUGCUGACCAGAAUCCCAUUCAGUUAUUUUUAUAUGCUUUAUAAAAUUUCCCAUUUUUGCAUUAAAUAAACAGGGGAAAAGGUCAAGUGAUACUUAGAUACUGGCACACACAAAGAGUUGGCAGGCAAUGAUACUGAUUUUAUGAGGAAAAAGUGAUAAACUUAUCGUGAUAAUAGAUCACCAGAUAAUUAGAUUUCCAAUUACAAUCCAGCUUUUCAUAUUUGAUAGUGCAUUUCCAAAGUGAAAAUAAGCUAUUCAGUAACCAUUGCUCUGUGUGAUUACAAAUAGGAUCAUCCAUUCACAAAGAGUCGGACACGACUUGCGUGACUGAACUGAACUGAUUUGCAUCACCUUGCAAGAGUGCCAUUUUAUUUUUAGUGCAAAAUUCUUAUUUUAAAAAAUGUAGUUUUAUACAGCUGAUAGACCAACCUAUAUCCAAACUUUUAUAAAAGAUUAUUAACUACUCUUAUCACACAGACAUACCCCCAAAUACUUCUAGCAGUUCAUUUUCAGCCAUCAAAGAGCCAAUGUCUUUUUAGAAUAUAUCUUCUGUGAUCUUGUUUUUAAUGGCUCAGCUGUCUAAUGCAAUUGAGUAGAGGUUUGCACUGAGAAAUUAUGGUUUAGGCCUUAUCCUCCAUGAAGUAUUACUAUUAACCUAUGUUCAGACUGCUUCCCUCCACCAAUGUGAACAACUUUUUUCCCCCAAACAGUGUUAAAAGCCACUUUACAACACUUGACUUUACAUGAUGUAGAUUCACUGUUAUUACAUAUAGAUCCAAGUAAAUCAAAGUUUUGGGUGAAUGUGGUGAGAAGCGUGAGCUUUUUGUUGUUUUUGUUUUACCUAGAACAUUAAUUUAUCCAGAAUGGCAGCUUUAGCAGAUGGUCACAAUCCAUUUUCUAAAUCAAAUUUUAUUAUAUGAAUCCAAAGUAUCCUAGCUCUUUUUCAAAGAUGGUGUAUAGAAAUAGUGAUGAUGUACUUUUUUAAGUUGUUGCAAUAUUAAAGAUGCCAUUUUCACCUUUUUUUAAAAGAUGCAUUUUGUUAGCAGGUUUGUGAAGUUCUUGCAAACUGAUAUUACAGGAACAUUUUAAAUAAAUUCUCAGGCAUGUUUGCAAAUACGGCACAUGUUGUAUACAUGUUAGGAAAUUUUACUUUUCUUAAUCUUUUUAAAGUCUGCCUAAUGAAAAACAUUCCACUAUUAUAAUACAUAAUGCUCAGCUUUUCAUAGAGAAAUAUUUAAUUGUAUUUUAUGUUUAUACAGGUAUUUGACACAGUACAUUGUUCUUUAUAAUGCAGCCACUAUAACUUGAUAAGUCAUUGCACUACUUUAAAAAAUUUUAGUAAUAUCAUGAAUUUAAUUUGCUUAAGAUUUAGUACAUUUCAUAACUCUUGACAAACUGCAUUGGGAAAAGAAGCCUUCGUUAAUAGUUACUUAGUCUCCCUCACCCCAUACCUACCCCCAGCAAAGCACUAUCUUCAUUUGGAAUGGUAUUCUGUUCUAUGAUGUGUUUUCAAAUAGAGUUCAAAAUUUGCAACUCAGUUCAACAAAACAAAUAUGUUGAGCUUUAAAAUGUAUUUGAAAUAAUAUUUAAAUAGGCAUUUAAAAUUAUGGAUUAAUGUUUUUAAAUUUAUGCAUAAUAAUUUUGCACUGUAAAAUAAUUCCCUUCCCCUGUUCCCUCUCUGCCAUUCUGAAUAUGCUUAUUAAAAUAUUUUUUUAAACAUA